AUGAGGGGGCGCACUCCUUAUCAUUGUCUCUUGUUUGCCUUCCUGUGCUACGUGGUCGGGGGUGGAGCCAUCUCAGAAUUCAGGAUAUGUGCCUUCAGUAUGAACAAGUUUGACACACAGAAGACGUUUCACUACAAAGUGCUGCACACGCUCACAAGGAUUGUGUCUCGCUGCGACAUCGCCUUCCUCCAGCAAGUGGUGGAUUCUGAUGGCUCACUCAUCAAAAGUUUGGUGGCAUCACUCAACAGGGAAGCUCAAAGGUAUGAUAGCUACCACUACAACUCUGUGUCCAGCGCCAACCUGGGAAAACCUAAUGACCUGCAGAAGUACGUCUUCAUUUACAGGACCGAGACAGCACAUGUAACUGCUCAACAACAAUACCAGAAGCAAAAUCAAUUUCUCCGAGCGCCUUUGGCUGUUUACUUCCACAGCAACAGAACUACUAUCAAAAAUUUUGUUCUGGUCGGGUUGCAUACGGACCCAAGUAGCACCGUACAGGAGAUCAACCGCCUCUACGAUGUCUUCGAGGAAGUGCUGAAAAAAUGGAAUAACAAGAACGUCAUGUUCUUGGGAAAUUUCCACGCUAGCUGUGCCUACAUGACACGCCGUGACAAGAAGCAAAUCCGACUGUUCACCAACACUAGCUUCCACUGGCUCAUUAAAGACAAAAUGGACACUACCAUCACAGAUGAGACAAACUGCGCAUAUGACCGAAUCGUUGUGCACGGAAAGUCUUUCCUGAAAGCUAUCGAGCCGUUCUCCGCUGGUGUCUUCGACUUCCCUCGAGAAUAUAAGCUUUCCAAGACAAAAGCGCAGGAGGUGAGCUCCCACCUUCCUGUGGAGGUGAGGCUCAAGAGCUCUGCCCUACUCCUUCAGGCCAAACAUCUCCUGGUCCUGCUUGCCCUGUGUUGCCUGUUUCUGUGA